UUAGAAGUCUACAGUGCAUGAAAGACUUCGAUGAUACGGUGGUUGUCACGGCUGGGCUCUCCAAGCCCUUCGCCUGCCACUACACCGGCUACUCUGAAUGGAUCACCGCGCAAAGAGGCGGUCCCGGAGAGUUGGAGUGUCGCAUACGCAUCUGAUCCAACUGAAUGGGAACGUAAAUUUGACGAGUGUUGGGAUGAUGCAGAGAAAAUUCUGGAUAAGAAGGAAAGCAGUCCCGAACACGAUAUCACCUACAAUGAGAUGACCCAGCUGAUAGCUCAGCUGACUCGUAUGUGCCAGCUGCUAAUGAUGGAAGUAAAUGCGCAGCCAGAGCCGGCGAUUGGACCAAUACUCGACCGCUAUUUCACUCAACAGAUUGUAGAAAGAGUGCUUGAUUGGGCCAUCCAGGUUCCGGAUUUCUUGAAACCAACAUGCCAGCUGGCACUUAUCCGCAUCUAUGAGUUGAUAAUUUCGGAGAGUCAUACCCAAAACCACUGUUUGCUGGUACAUAAACCAAUUUUGAAUCCUCUGUUGAGGUUGUUCGAGUGGUGUCAGCGUGCUGAUGGACUGCGGCCCCACAAAUUAGGGCACCCAUCUGCCACUGAAAAGCACUUUGUUGUUUUACUCAACCAGAUCUGUACAAAAUUAGCCGAGGAUCGUACACUUCUCCAUUUUUUCUUUUCUUGCACUGAUGGCGCUGACCAGUUUAUUGUCUUCUCCCUGCUUAUUCCAUUUCUAUAUGAACAGAACGACGUAGGCCAACUCGCACGUGAUGCUUUACUACUCAUUCUUUCUGUUUCUGCAAAACAUGAACCUAUAGCAGAGUUUGUUGCCUACAAGAGUGCCUUCUGCCCUGUUGUGGCUACUGGCUUAUCUGGGUGCUUCUCACAGUUGGGUCGUAUCUUAACCGGUGAUGGAGCGGAAAGGAUUGUACCGGAUCAUGCAGCAGAGUCGCUUGCUAAUUUCCACUCAUCGCUUUUGUUUUGUAAUGCUGUAGUUCAGGCUGCACAUCCAUCCGUUGUCGAACAGAUUUGCAACUUUUUCUAUUCUGGUUUUCUCAUAUCUGUCGUUAAACCAGCACUAUUGCAAGAAGAACAGGAAGGAGUAGCGGCAGCUACGGUCUAUCUACAGCUAUGUGUAGAAACCGUAACAGAAGCACCAUUGCUUCGAACAAUUAUAAGAAUGUUGCUACUCGAACUCGAUGAAGAUCGUCAAGUUCUGAUUGAUGUGAUCGUAAGGCGGAUAACUAAUGGAGACAAGCUCGGUGUUGUUUCCCUAUCUUUGUUGGAUUCGCUUCUACAGAUUGGUUGUGAAGAUUUGAUGUUAGUUCUUGUUCUGCGACAUCUUCUACCCAUGCCCCACGUAAGCCGCUCCCAGCUAAGUAAGGUCAGAGACAGAUCGCAAGCAGUUACUUCUGCAGAACGAUUACUCGAGUGUGUACCUCAGUGUAUGCUCACUUUUCCAGAGAUCUGCUCAGAAGACACUAUGACUUUAUAUCUCCAAGAAGGUGCGCAAUUAGUGGAGAAACGAGCACGAUCAUGUUCUGCAUGGAAAUGGCGCUAUGAUGGUGUUCAUCCGAGCCCUCUGCUGUUUCGAGGGGACAGUGAUGAUGAGCCGAAUUUGCAUACGCCUUUCACGCGGCUUUCAUCAUGUAGAUCAUCCAUGUCAUCAGCUUCGUUUGGUCUGAAUCGGUACUUUGCAUCGAAGAACACACAUCUCACCUCGGAUUCCGCUCUAGGAGUCGGUGAGAGCUCUUCUGGCUUUCUGGCUGAAUUAGGAGGUUCACCGGUUCGAUCACUUGAUGGUAGCAUAAGUCCUGUGGAAGAAGAUUCAGAGUUUAUCUUACCUCCCAUCAACACCUCGUCCAUCAUGACGUCAUCGAUGGUCGAUUAUUUCCAACUGGCAGCUUACGACGAUCUCUCCGAAAGUGAAGAUUCUCCUAGCAGCUCGGAUAAAAAAGACUUGCGAAUUGAUGGGAAGAAGAUCGACUGUCAAAAACAGGAGUCGGUCUCGGAGGCUGAAUCAACAACCACUGGUCAAGGUUUCGACACUGAGGCUGAGAUGGCUAGAUCAUUUGUGCUUAGUGGUUGGGCGGAUGUUGAGGACUUAGACACUUUCAUAUCCCUUCUGGAUCGAAGGACCGUGCCAAGCAAGCAGAAGAUGUCGUCAGCAGAGACAAUGGCUUUCAUUGAUUCAAAGCUGCAAUACAUGAAAGAGAUGCAAAUCGAGAAAGAGGAACCACCGAAGAUUGAGAAGGAAACGAAAGAGACUGAGCGGGUUAUACAAGUACGAGGUCAACCCAUUGGUCCCGUGCAAGAUGGAUCUCUGUUCCUCGACUCAUUGCUCACCCAGUUGGCAGAAAUGACUGAACACUCGUUAGCCUUUAACUUACAACUGGCUAAUGUUCUUUGUUCAUUAGCUGCCUAUCCACAGCCCGUGCUUGUCGCCAGCAUCUUUAACACCAAAGCUAGUGAUGGCUUUCCACAUCUGAUUCAGGUGCUGUCUGAGUUGAAAGAUCGUGUUGACGCUGCUGCAACUGGUAUCGAAGGUUUGGAUGUCUAUGUUGGUAGAGCUUUACGCACGCUAAACGGUAGGGCGGAGAAGAUGGAACGCUAUAAUGAUGGAUAUAUUGCUCGGCUUGCCGACUCUCCACGUGAUGAUUCUUUUACCCCAAUCACUUCGUUUUUACGAGGACGUCCGUUUGGCAGCUCAGGGAGGAGGUCGCACGGCAUUAGAUACCAUAGCCACAAAGCAGUGGAAUCUGAAGCGGCAGCUCGAGAUGACGCCACCUCAAAGAAUAUCGUCCAUGCAGCUAUAGUUCUGGCUAACUUAUGUCAAUACCUGGCUGGCAUUGCCUUGCAGCAGUCUGUCGCUGUUGUUGGCUGUAAUGUGCGCUAAAUAUGCUUCCGUUGAAAUUCUCAAUAACUACGCUUACCUGGCUUAUUGCUCUUAACACUGAACUUUCCUUACGCUUCUCGUUUCUUUCGCCUCUUUCGCUUCUUCCUCAUUGACGCUGGUCGUCUCGUGUUUCGAUUCUGAAGAGCUUUUUGAGUCACAAACUAUUCAAGUAUUGAUGAAGAGUGUCUUAACAUCAUUAUCAAGCGGUUCUGAGAAGAUGAUUUUGAAUUAGUACAACCAGAUUUCUAUGAAAUAACUAAUGUUGUAUGUAGGAGAUACUAAUCAGAAUUGGAUGAGUGUGAAAAAUCAUCGGUGUUAUUAAUCUGUAAAGUAUUCACUUCUAUUUGAUUAUAUAUUGUGAAGUUUGACUUACGCAUAAAGGUCGCAAAGCUUUCAUCGUUGCAGGGAUUAUGAUUAUGGCUGUAGUGAAGUUGUG